CUCAAAAAUAUAACAAAGGGUGGAAAAAGGGAAUUCUAGACGGAAGAUCGUCUCGAGUCAUCUCGGUCAUGGAGCAGCGGCAGCAGAAGCAGGAGGAAGCCGCCAGAGAGCUAUCAUCAGUCAGUGAGAAACCCAUAUCGGCAAGAGUAAGAACCGCACCGAAGCGUUUCGUUAAGAGCCAAAUCCCGGAUUCCAUCCUCAACGACCCAGCCCUCAACGCCGCCAUCGCUCUCCUUCCUUCCAACUACAACUUCGAGGUCCACAAGUGCGUCUGGCGAGUGCUCUCCGCCAAAGCCAAGCGUGUCGCCCUCCAGCUUCCGGAGGGCCUCCUCAUGUACUCCCUCGUCCUCUCCGAUAUCCUCACCUCAUUCGCCUCCGUCUCCCAGUGCUUCGUCCUUGGCGACGUCACCUAUGGCGGUUGCUGCGUUGACGACCUCUCGGCGUCGGCCCUCGGCGCCGAACUUCUCAUUCACUACGGGCACAGCUGCUUGGUCCCCAUCGACUCCACCUCCAUUCCCUGCCUCUACGUCUUCGUGGACAUCCAAGUCGACACCCAACGCCUCCUCCAAACCCUAACGCUUAAUCUCCCCUCCACCGCUACCAAAAGUAUCGUCCUUGCCGGAACCAUCCAAUUCGCUUCGGCGAUCCGAUCCAUCAAGCCUGAAUUAGAAAAGCACGGUUACCGGGUCUCAAUCCCGCAGUCGAAGCCGUUAUCGGCGGGCGAGGUGCUCGGUUGCACCGCGCCGAAGAUUCCGAAGGAUGUUGGGGGGUUGGAGGAGGAGAGAGUCAUAGUGUUUGUGGCGGAUGGUAGGUUUCACUUGGAAGCAAUGAUGAUAGCGAACCCGGGAAUAAGGGCGUUUCGGUACGACCCUUAUAUGGGGAAGCUGUUUCUGGAGGAGUAUGAUCAUAAGGGAAUGAAGGAGUCGAGGAAAACUGCAAUUUUGAAGGCGAGUACAGAGGCCAAGAGUUGGGGCAUCGUGUUGGGGACGUUGGGGAGGCAAGGGAAUCCCAGGAUUCUCGAGAGGUUGGAGCGGAGAAUGGAAGAAAAGGGUUUCGAUUAUACGGUCGUCUUGAUGUCAGAGAUUAGUCCACAGAGGAUGGCAUUGUUCGGGGACACCAUAGAUGCUUGGAUUCAGAUUGCGUGUCCUAGGUUGUCCAUUGAUUGGGGUGAGGCGUUUGAGAAGCCGCUCCUGACUUCAUUUGAGGCCGAGAUUGCGCUCGGCUUUAUACCUGGUUGGUGGGAGAAGAGUGUUGCAGUGGGUUCAGGUACGGGAUGCUGCGCCAAGAAUGAGUCUUGCAAUGAAUGUGGAAAUGAGGACUAUCCCAUGGAUUAUUAUGCUCAGGAUGGUGGAGACUGGAACUCAUCUUAUGCGAAAAACAAGAAGUCGUCCCUCCCCGUGCGGAGAAAUAUUGUGUCUUCUACUCAUGUUGCUGUUUCUUAACAUCGGAUCAUUUCAACGGAAAUGCCAAACGUGUGAAAGUCUUGGUGAAGAGAAACAUGGAGAAGGAAACCUUCGGCCCUUAUGCCAGUAGUGGAGUAACUUGCUACUUUCAGUCAAAGGAAGAAAAUUGUGCGAGGCAAGAAAGAACCAGCUCUUUGUUACCUUUUGAAUCCCCGACCUUGAUGCUGUUAGGUGAAAUGAUUUGCUGUGCCAGGGAUAGGCUUCAUACUUGAGCUUGAUCUGUUCUGGACUUGACUUCUUUGUAUUGGGUCCUUUUAAAUUUUAGUUUGUUAGCUGGGAAAGCUGUUUUGAUUAGCGUAAUGCCUUAAGGGAUAUUGCCCCUGUGCAACUUUUUAUUUUGUUCAAUGGCUGCUGUUUAAGUGGGGAGAUUGAUGUUUCAGUGUGUUUGUUGCCACUUAAUUAAAGAGACUAUUAUUGAAGACUGGGAUCGAGAGAGAAAUCUUGAGAACUUAAAUUUGGAAA